CCUACAUUGAACCUGCCGUCGCAAUCGCCGACGAUCGCGAGUACAUAUAGGUCCUCGCGUCGUCACAAUAUCCCAGAUGGUGUAAGCAACGAUCCGGAAUAUCGAUGCUUGAAAUACCUGCAUCGCUGGUCGGCGGAGGAAUAAGGCAAGAAGGCAAACAUGGGCAAAGAAUCUCGCUGUGGCUUAAGCUUUGCCGAUCAUUUCGAGAUUUCGAGGAUGCAUGUUCACUUCAAGUCAUUGCACAAACAUCUUCGCCCCUGCCCCGCGCACCAGAAGCGAUGCAUAAUCCACGAUAGCACCGUCUAUCCACAUCCCCGGCUCAAGCCAUGAGCAACCUCUACAACCUCGAGCCGCAGCCGACGGCCAAGGCAAUCCUCAAAACCACCGCGGGCGACCUCUCCAUCGAGCUCUUCGCAAAGCAGACUCCCCUCGCCUGCCGCAACUUCCUACAACACUGUCUCGAUGGCUACUACAACAGCACCAUCUUCCACCGCCUCGUCCCGGGCUUCAUCAUCCAGGGCGGCGAUCCCACCGGUACGGGCGCGGGAGGCAUCUCAGCCAUCAACGGCGGCGAUGGCUUUGAGAAUGAAAUCCACAGCCGACUCAAGUUCAACCGUCGGGGCUUGGUGGGCAUGGCGAAUGAAGAGAAGGAGAGCAGCAAUGAGAGCCAGUUCUUCUUCACCUUGGGUGCUACUCCGGAGUUGCAGGGGGGGAAUACGCUGUUCGGGCGGAUAGAAGGUGACACGAUCUACAAUUUAAUGAAGAUGGCAGAUGCAGAAAUGGCGGAGGCGCAGGAUCGUCCGCUAUACCCUACCAAGAUCACCGGGGCGGAAAUACUGGUCAAUCCUUUCGAAGACAUGGUGGCAAGGGCGAGAGAGGCGCCGAGAACGAAUGACACGGAUGAAGGGCGCAAGGAUGUCAAGAAGAGGAAGAAGCCUGCUGGGAAGAAUGUGUUGAGCUUUGGCGGAGACGAAGGAGAGGAAGAGACACCGGUGCUGAAAAAGGUCAAGGCCAAUCCAAAGUUGGUUGCGACCUCGAAUGAAGAGCCAGAGCCAAGAGACGAGCCGCUACCGAAAGCAAAGAACAAGAAUCCACCAGGCAAGCGAAGGGCUUCGCCGCCGCCAGCGAGUGAAAACACAUCGGAGAAACGCCCUGUGCCCGCGGCCGUCGAAGCAGCAGACGACUCCGACUCCGAUUCAUCCUCAGAACCAGCUCGGUCGCGAAAGGGCAUGAGCCAGCUGGAGAAGACGAAUGCAGAGAUUGCAGCGCUCAAGGCCAGCAUGAAACGCAAUGUGGACACAGCACCAAAGGUCAAGGAGAAGCCGAAGAGCGCCCUCGAAGCCAUGGUCCCCGCAAACAGUACUCGUGGCCGGAAACGAGGGAAAGCGAGCGACGAGAGGGGGGCAAUCGAUCUGUUCAAAGCUUUCAAGCGCAGGCUUGAAGACAUGCCUGGCGAGAACGAAACGGAGGAUGUGGAAACCAAUGGCAACCUUCCCAAUGCAGCAGAGCCAACGACUACGAAUGCGGCGGAGGAUGAAGAGGCCGCUCUAUGCGAUCUACAUUUCAUCGCCAAUUGUCAGUCAUGCAAGUCUUGGGAUGACCACGACAAGGCGGAUGGCGAAGCGGAAGUGGGCGACGAAGGCGACGCGGCGUGGAUGUCACACCGCUUGACCUUUGCGAAAGACACGCUUGGGAAGGACCUGGAGUGGAAGCGGAAGAUGGAGGAGAUUGAGGUCAUUGACCCUCGGGAGAAGGCGAGGGAGAUCAAGGAGGAGCAGCGGAAGGGGAGGGACAAGGGAAAGGGCAAAGAGAGAGCAGAUAAAUAAGAGUCAUGAUGUAACCAGUAUGUGAUCUGGAAUCGCAUCAC